AUGGCGGCACAAACAACUAAAAUGCCCUUUAGCAUGAUCAGUCCACGGUAUCUGCACACAAACUCCACUAGCCACACCUGGCCCUUCAGUGCCAUAGCAGGACUGAUUGACAAUGCUUAUGACCCAGAUGUCAAUGCAAAACAAUUCUGGAUUGAAAAAACAAUGGUCAAUGACCAGGACUGCCUUAUCUUCAUGGAUAAUGGAAAAGGCAUGGAUUAUGACAAGAUGCAUAAAAUGCUCAGUUUUGGCUUCAGUAAAAAGCAGACAGUAAGAGGCCAUGCCCCAGUGGGUCUUUAUGGUAAUGGUUUUACUUCAGGCUCCAUGCGCUUGGGGAAGGAUGCCAUUGUGUUCUCAAAGAAAGCUGACACCAUGUGUGUGGGUCUCCUGUCACAGACUUACCUCGAGAAGACAGAAGCACAGAAUAUUAUUGUGCCUAUUGUCAUGUUUACCAACAUUGGACAGAUUCUCAGUGCUGCACCAGAGUAUGAUGAGUGUCUUCAUGCUAUCCUGUCACAUUCUCUGUUUAAUACCAAGGAAAAACUGCUGUCUGAGUUCAGUGUCAUUGAUGGGUUGUGCACCAAAUCAAGUGGGACCCGCAUCAUCAUCUGGAACCUACGCAGAACAUCUUCAGGAGAAUUAGAAUUGGACUUCAAGAAGGACCGCUAUGACAUCCAGAUCCCUGUUGAUGUGUCUGAGAAGACCACCAAAGAGACAAAGACGCACCAACCUGAAGUUCAUAUGUCUGUGCCUGAGAGUGAAUAUUCACUGCGGGCAUACUGCAGUAUCCUGUACCUUAAGCCAAAAAUGCACAUUAUCCUUCAAGGGAAGGAGGUGCAAGCUCAGUUUGUCACUAAAACUCUCGCAAAUGUCUUCAAGGACACAUACAAACCUGUCUGUUGUCCUUCCCUUACAAAGGCAAUACCAAUCACAUUUGGCUACAACACAAAGACCAAAGAGCACUAUGGCAUCAUGAUGUACCACAAAAACCGUCUCAUCAAAGCCUAUGAGCGUGUUCCCUGUCAGCGCAAGGCCAACAGCACAGGAGUGGGUGUUAUCGGGGUCAUAGAGUGUAACUACCUCACACCAACUCACAACAAGGAGGACUUUGACAAUACAGAAGAAUACAGGAAAACCAUGCAGACUGUAGGUAAUAAGCUUGAGGAAUAUUGGAAGAAAGUCUGUUAUCAAUAUGAAAACUGCACUCAAGCAUUUGAAGAUACUGUGAAGCGGCCAGAUCAAACCUGGGUUCAAUGUAAUGGUUGUCACAAGUGGCGGAAACUCCCAGAUUGCAUUGAUGAGAAAUUGCUCCCUAAAAACUGGUUCUGCCACAUGAACCCCAACCCACAAUUCAGGAAUUGUACAGUUGAAGAAGAGCCUGAAGAUUCUGAUGAGGAGCAAACUGGAUACAAGAAAACCUAUAAAGAGCAUGAGAAAAAUUUGCAAAAGUUGUUGCAGGAGGAGAAUAACAGACAGCAGUUGGAACACGAGCAGAGGACUGCAGCUUUGAAUGAGAAGAAUACUGCUUUGUUGAGGAUGGAGCAGGACCUUGUGCGCCAGCUCCGAUCCAGGCCUUCUAUACCCAUGUCAUUCAUUGAAACAACACGCAGCACCACCAUUAGUUCUCCUUCUCUCACAGGUGCAGAUUCCAGUCCUUCUGAUGACCCUUCUGUUGAUACUCAGGACAAUUCUGUCUCUACUACUCCUACAAGGAAGAAGAGAGCCCUGGGGUGGAGUCAAGAGAACACAGAGAAGAAGAAAGCCAGACAAAAAGAUUUUGACAACAGCAUACCAGAUAAGAGCAUAGAGAAGGAGGAGAACAAUCAAAUCAAACAGGCCAGCUCUGAGGACAAGCAGAACUAUGAAGUUCAAUACCUGCAGGCCAAGGAGGAGCUAAAGCAGCUCCAACAUACGGUGGACAGUCUAGAAAAUGAGAACUGCACAUUGUUGACCCACUGUGAGAGCCUGAAGAAAGAUUUAGAGGAGCUAAAGAGAGAAAGUGAAAAGAUGAAGUUAAGUGUAGAAGAUCAAGGUGUCCAGAGGGAUUUUCCCAUUUCCUCUGAAAAAGAGAGUGCAACAACAGCAACAGAAGCCUUCAACCCAGGAAGAGGAAGAGACUUACAGUUUGGGACACAGCAGCAUGAUACACAGGACAGACAAGGGAGUGAACAAGGAAACAAUAACACACAGUUAUGCAGUGAGAAAUAUCAGAAGAUGCAGGAGGAAGAGAAGAACGCAGAGCAGCAGAGCCCUUCUAGCUCCAAGUCAUCCUGCCAAACACCCAGCUCUACCCUUUUUUUGUCUUCUCACACAGGGGAUGGCUCCAGACCUUCUGAUAUCACUUCAAUGGACACUCCUGUUCCUUCUACUCCUACAAGGAAGAGAUCCCUGGACCCAAAUCAAAAGAACCAAAAUCAGAAGAAAGCUAGACAGAAUAGGGUUUGUAACACACCAGAUAGUCCAACAUCCACAGUCUCAGUUGUGACUGACAAGAACACAGUGAAGGAGGAGAGCAAUGAAAUCCCACACACCAAUUCUGAAGACCAGCAAAACUAUGAAGCUCAGGACCCGCAGGCCAAUGAGAUGAUAAAGCAUCUCCAAAAUAAGGUUGACAGUCUAGAAAAGUACACAUUGUUGACCUGCUGUGAGAUCCUGCAGAAAAAUUUGGAGGAGAUAAAGAAAGACCUUGAUAAGGUCAAGGCAAGUGUAGAAGGUCAAGGGGUCCAGACAGAUUUUCCUAUUUCCUCCCAUGAAGAAAGUGCAGCAACUUCAGCAGAAGCCUCCAACUCAGAAAGAGGAAGAAACUUUGGGACACAGCAGCAUGAGACACAGGACCAACCAGAGAUCAGACAAGAAAACAAUAACAUCUAAUUAAGACAACUCAGACAAAGAGUAGCUCAGAUCCUUGUCACCCACGUCCCUGCGCUGGACCUUCAGCAGGUGAACU